AUGUCAGAAACACGAAUCACAAAACCAAACCAAAGCAAACUCAAAGAUGAAGAAGAGCUAGCGAUUUCUAAGUCAGUACAACAAGUGCAAAUUACUACAUUAAACCAAUCAUCUGGAAAAAUAUCAAAUGCUGAAGAUGAGACUCCUAAUCAGGGUCUCCAUACUUCCCUAUCAAAUCAAAGGCUUGGAUAUUGCGGGAUCAAAGUCCUGUUUGAUCAAAUAAAAGAGCAUAAACAUGUACCUAGUUCCCUUUUAGAAACAACAACGCCGGAACCGCUUCAAUUGCCAUCUACUGUUGAUGCUCUAUACAAUAUUUUACCUUCUAUCGAAGUUGCUAGGAUUCUUACUGGUUUAUUCAUUGAAUCUUUCGACAUUAUACUGGACAUCGUCCCGAGGAACAGGGUAGAGAGAAUUUAA